UGACAGGGCGGGGAGUCACCCGUCCUCCAUGUAAUCUCUCACAUGUCUGCACUCCAACAAGGAAGAGGAAGUCAGAUGUGAACUUAUUUACUUAUUUCAAUCACAUUCGGUGACUAUGGAGGAACGCAGGGAGAUCAGAACUCCACACUCUGCAAACUAUGGAGCGAUGGGGCAGCCAUUUGGACCCAAUUACCCGAUGCCUCAAGAUCCUGAAAGGGCCCCUCUGCUCCCUGCAUCAUCAAACUAUCCAGAUAAAGCCAUGACUUCAGCACAAAUGAAUCCAGCUAUGGUUCCAACUAUGUUUUCAGAAGGGGCAUUUCUUACUAAUCCUGCAGUAGUCACUGAUGGGCCGACAGUGCCGGACUGGGAGACUAUUCCAGGUUAUGAAGGGAUGGGUAGCAAUGAUGGCGGUAAAUUUCUGCCUCCCCCACAACCGGGACCCAUCCCUGGCACUGUGCCGACACCUGCAAAUACCAGCUGGAUCAUCCCUUCUAUCUCAGAAGAUGAAGCUAGAAAUGCGCUGAUGGAAUACGCCAACGAUAAAUGCUGCCAUGGCUCUACCCCUGCAGAAGAAAUGGACUUCCAUGAACUCCGACCUUUUAAUACAUACCGGUAUCGACUUGAGACGUUUACAGAGUCACGGACAUGUAAAUGGGUGACCUUACCUUACACUGGUCAGCCUGUAGACUCAUCGGUAUUUGGAAUCCCCCCUCAGCCAUGGGAUGUACCCAUCCAGAUCCCAGCUAUGUUUAGUGAUAAGGAAAAAAAGAUGCCUGUUCCUCAUACAUCUUCCUUAAAGGCUUGUCCUCAGUGUCUAGGAAUCUGCAGAACAGUGUGUAAAAAAUGUCACGGAACAUGUCGGGUGAGGUGCUGGGUUUGCAAUGGAAAUGGGAGCCGUUUUAAUGAUCCGUGUCACCACUGCAGGGGACAAGGAACAGAAAGCUGCACAACUUGUAACAGUACCAAAUAUGAGAGAUGUAUAGGAUGCUCUGGACGUGGACAGAUCCUGAACUACAUCGAGCUGACUGUCACAUGGAAGAAUAAUAUUUAUGAGUUUGUAGCGGAUCAUAAUUCAGAGUUUCCUACUGAGCUCUUUAAAAAGGUCAACGGAGAGAAGAUUUUCAUGGAUGAGCAACUGCUAUUGGCUCCACUGGUUAAUUUCCCAGCUCAGGCCAUAAAUCAGGCUUCCCAGAAUGCCUUGCAGCAGCAUCAUGCCCAGUUUUCUUCUACAAGCCGGAUGCUUAGACAGAGACACGGCAUUGAGUGGCUGCCUCUUACCAAGGUGGAGUAUAUCUGGAGGGGGAAACGCUAUGAUUACUUUGUAUAUGGAAAGGAGAACCAAGUGUAUACUGACAACUAUCCACAGAAGUGCUGCUGCACUGUCAUGUGACUUAUGAAGGUCAACAUAACCCUUUCAUCAUGUCUACUGACAACUAUCCACAGAAGUGCUGCUGCGCUGUCAUGUGACUUAUGAAGGUCAACAUAACCCUUUCAUCAUGUCUACUAACUAUCCACAGAAGUGCUGCUGCACUGUCAUGUGACUUAUGAAGGUCAACAUAACCCUUUCAUCAUGUCUACUGACAACUAUCCACAGAAGUGCUGUCGAGUUGUUAUGUGACUUAUAAAGGUCAACAUAACCCUCUCAUUAUGUCUAAGUUCCUCAUGGGUAAGGCAAUUGGUCUGACAGAAGCUACCAUGACUUUCUUAUAUGAGGUUCUUCUGGUAAAUAAUGAUAAUCCUGUGUAUUACACUAUUAAAGAGCUGUAGAUGACAACUAGAUCUCAUUAUUUCAUGAUGUGAUAUUCACAUAUUGCUGUACUAUGGCAAAUGUGUAGUGUCAGGAGUGUACUAUGAGAUAGCUGUAAGUCUAUUGGCUUCUGCUCCAGCAUUGCUAUGCUAUACUUUUAAAUGGAUUUAUGUAUUUAUAAUGAAUAAUUCUCUGGAUAAAAAGUAAAGAAACUUCUACUGUGGGUCAUGAGUUAUGUCAUAUGGCUUUUUCACAUAUUCAUAUUGCCUAAGCUUGUAGCCUAGUAAGAGCCCUAUGUAUGUGUUUAAAAAGUGCAUGUACAUAAAA